AUGCUACCCUCGAUCGAAUUCGAUAGGGCCAUAGCCCAUACAGCCUCGUCCACUGCCACUCCGGACGGGCACUUCAGCCCUCCAGGCCAUCUUCCUGUUUGGUCUAUCGAAGACGCUCGGGGGCCAACCAGCGGAGGUGAUACCACACCAUCUCGAUGCUGCCGAGUACGAGUCCUUGUACCUGCCGCGCUCCUCCGCAAGAGCUCAGGGAUCCGUCUACUGCAGGCAUUCGGCUCCAUCGAGGAUAGUCGGCGGAUCGACAAGUCGACAAGUCGAAUAACAACGAUGGGUGUCGUCCAACCUGAACACCGUCAUCUCCCGUGGUCCUCGUAUUCCGCUGACAAAUUUGGCUCUGUUGAUGGAGGAGAACUUGGCUAA